GCGUCAUGGCUUCCAAGAUGCAGGACUGUUAUCAGUGGUUCCUCCAGUACAAGAAAUGGGUCAUGAACAACCCUCAAGGCGCGUCGGAAAUGGAAAGCGUGGUGAAAUGGGGGUCGUACUUCUUAGCCGGUCGUUUCAAGAACUCAACACUCCUUUGUGAGAUAGUUUAUUCAGGAUCAAGACUUUUUGAGAUGUUCAAUGACUUCUUGGUCAGGGGAACUUUACCUAAGCUCACCUCAAAACAAGGAGACAAAUUAAAGGUGUUCCUAACUAUUUUGGAAUAUGUGGAGGUGCUAGUGGAAGUUGCAGCUGUUCAGUUAUGGGGGGAAAUGGGCCGUUGGGCAGUAGUUGCUAUCAUUCAACUAACAAAAUGCAUUGGCCGUUUCCUUCUGGUUCUGAAAUACAAGACAUCACUCGUGUCAUCCCCACCAAUCAAGCCACUAGACCGCAGAGCUGUGAUCCAAACCAGACAGCAGAUGUACAGCAAUCAAGGCUCAACUCCUGAAUCGUUCCGCCUUCCCCAUUCUGGUCGCAUCAUGAGAACUCUAGCUGGAGCCCCACCAACUCAUCAGCGCACAUUUAACCCACCACAGCCUCCAAAUAACAAUGAAAAUGAAACAGUUGCUCAAAAGAUGUUAUCUCCAAAGCAACUAACAGCAGAGGCAUUGCACAUUUUACGACCUAUCGGGCAUUUGACGAGCAUGUAUCUCUUUGGAAAGCAGUCUUGGGCACCCUGGGUUUUGGCUCUGGGUAUGGACAUUACAAGCUUGAAUCUCUACAAUGAAUCCAUGCUGUCAGCAGCAGAACGCAGUGAACUGGCUCGAAGGAGAAUCAGCUUGCUAUACUACCUUGUCCGGUCUCCGGCAUUCCACACGGUGACUCACAGGCGUAUAAAAUACUUCUUGACCACAGUAGGCAAUAGAGUCCCUUUGGCUAGAACAGUUUGCCAGCCUUUGCUUGAGUACAUUCCUGAAUGGCAGAAGAUUUAUGCUUAUACUUGGAGUUAGGUUGUCUCAAAGAGAGAGCCUGCAAAUAGGUGAUAUUCAGGUGUACAAUACAAUCUGGAGACAAUGAAAGAUAACCACAUACUGUACAUAGAUGAUGUACAUAUAUAACUCUGUUAUAUAUUUCUCUACCUUUAGUAUACACCAACUGUAAAUAAUUUGCUUUGUAGUUUAUUGUAAUCGGUUUAUAGGUUGUUGAUAUUUUCAACCUUCAUUAGAUAGAAAAGGUUAAUACUAAAUAAGGUAUGGUCAUUUUGCAUAAAACAAACAAACAUAGAAUUGGUUUUAUACUGAGGAAAUAGUGAUUUGAUUAUAUAGAUAUCUUUCAGUAUUAUGUGCUAAACCUGAACUAGUCAGAGUUAUUAAGGUAUUUGGUAUUUGAGAAAUAGCUUAAACAACUAAGGACUUUACUCCCUAAAAAUAUGCAUAUGUAAAAUAAUUUGUAAUGUGACAUUUAGUGCGUGCCUCAGCAAGUGAUUAGAGUAUUUCAUAAGCUGAUCUUAUAAAUACUUAUGAAAAAAGACUAAGAUUUGAUAAUUUUCGGCAUUUUUUCCUUGAUUUUCUUUUAAGAAAUGUUAUUUUAUUUGAGUGAAUGGGAAAGUUUACAAUGAAUAGAGCUGUGGUAUAAAAAUAGUUUGUCAUAUUGUCCUUAUCAUUAACCCAUUGCUGCCAGGAACACAUAAUGUCCACUGGAGUUUUGUUUUGUGAAUUUUGUUUUUGCAUAGAUUGCUCCACAAAUGCACGGCCACCAAGGAGUUGGAGUGGUAUUGCCUGUUUUCCCAUUUCCUUUAUUUAUUUAUUUUUUUUCUAAUGCUCUUUAUAUCAAUACUGUCGUUAUUACUAUUAUUUGCGUUUUGAUGUGAAUAGUAGUAUGAAAUAAAAGAUAUUUAAAAAAAACAACAAAGGAAAAGGAAAAACAAAUGUAAUAGGUAGGACUAGUAAUUAAUUCCUUCAUGACUAAGCACUUACGGAACUAUGUAUGUGUAAAUACAAUUAGCAAACUAAAUUCACAGUGGACAUUACAUGUACAUAUAUGUCAUUUCCAGUAGCAAUGCGUUAAGAGUUUAGAAAUUAUUUAUAUGUGGAGAUAUGUUUGUCAUAGUUUGUUUUUUUUAUUUCAACUUCAUUCUAUAUACAUUUUAUUUAUGCCUUACUGAUAUUUAUAUACAAAAUGUUAACUGUAGAGUGAAAAUUAUUGGAUGUGUAACUUUAGAUACUUUUUAUAUGGCUGAUGUUGAUAACAUGUGAGAUAGUAUAAUAGAAAAUGGGCAUUAGACUUGUUCAGAUCCUUUCAUUUGAAAUAUCUGCACCAAUUUCCAUUUGUGUUUAUGCAGUGUAUUAAGACCUACAAUCUGGAUGAUGUGACCAUCACAUCAUGAAAAAAUUGGCAUAGGGGUGGGUGACAUGAACAUGCUGUCAUGGGGAAAUCUGGCUGUAGGCUGUGGUGACACAAACUUCUUGUCAUGAGCAUUUUGGCUGACAGGUGACGGAAAUGACUCGUCAAGAAUGCACAAAGCUCUUGUAGGGAGAUUUGGCAUAUUGUAAGGAGCUUUUUUAUUAUUUCCACUGAUAAACGAUGUAAUGUACUAUCAUUGAGCCCUGACUGAAAGAGAGCUGGCUCUAUGGAAGACACUAUAUCCAUGCCCAGUAUCCAUGACUGGCAGUGCUGAUUGUAUUGCAUAAAAUCUAUUAUUACAAUUUUUUUUUUUUAAUUGCAUAAAUUCCAAAUGUUACUUAU